UUCUAUUGUGACAGUAUUUUAUUCAAGUUUUGGCUCUUCUAACCUAACAUGUAACAUGUGACCGUAAAGGUGUACUUGUGAGGCCUGUUAAAAAGAAGAAGAAAAUAUUUCUAACGGACAGCUAACUUCAAUACGCCGACCGUUUAACGGACGGCGAGACACUGCCCAGUUUUAUAUUUAAAAAUGGAAGAUAAGAAAAAAGGCAACGAUCCGCCAAUUUUAACAAAAAUGAGGAAAUUUUGUUAUUUUCUAUCAUUUUAAAGUUCAAAGAAGUGGUAGAAAAUAAAAAAAACAGAUGGUGUGUCUGCAGAUGAAAAAAGGGCUGCUUGGGAAAAUGUUACUCGACAGUUUAAUGCAGUUUCGCCAAACAGUUGUGUUAGAUCGACCGAAUCUCUAAGGAAAAUGCAUGAGAACCGAAAAAAAGAACUGAGAAAAAAUAAAGCGGUGGAGAGAAGAGAAAUUUUACUGACUGGUGGCGGGCCACCGUCGAAAAAAUAUGAUAGCGAUGACAAUAUUUUGUUGGAUAUUGUUAACAAAAAAACUGUUUUUGGUACAGAAUCCAUCUGGUGUUCUGAUAGUGCCAGUAUACCAACCGCAUCAACAUCCAGGAACAGCAAGAAAGAGACUGAUGAAAUCUUCAUUUUUAAAGCACCAGGACCAAGUUGGAAAACUUAUAAAGCACUGGAUUUAAAAAGACCCGUUACAGCUGCUCUUAAAGUGCACCAUACUGAAACAAAUGAUGUAGAAACGCCACAAAGGCAAAAGACAAAAAUAAUAACAUCCCGGAGGCGUCCAGCAACAGUUGUCAAAGCUUUGUCAUCUAACCAUCUGGCAGAAAAAUAG